GCUAAGUUGAAUAGAUUUUUUCAAAUAAAAUUUAAGGCAGGAUUUAUAUAUUGACCGGUUUGCUAUUACAAGUCCCUCCAGGCUCCUACAGCUCCUAACACUGGCACCGAGUAAUAAAGAUGCGGGCCUUGUGCUGCGCCACUCUUGCUUAUCCUGUGCAAUCGGUGAGCGUUUUCAUGCCCGUUAAAGCUUGUUCAAGAACUCAAGUUUCUUUCCACCGCCAUGACAAUCCAUUUGUUCCUGAGGUUGUGAAAGCCGUAGAUUCCUUGCAUGCAGAAUUCAGAGCUGUGGAUUAUUUGGUGGCGUGCAAUACUUCUCGUGUCCUUAAAGCUUUCCAGAAUGCUCGGAUUGGAUCUCAUCACUUUGGUGGAUCUACUGGCUAUGGUCAUGACGAAGUUGGGGGACGUGAGGCACUUGACCAAGCUUUUGCUGAAAUUGUAGGAGCUGAAUCAGCAAUAGUUCGCUCACAGUUUUUCUCAGGAACCCAUGCCAUCACUUGUGCAUUGUUUGCUUUCUUGAGGCCAGGGGAUGAGCUUUUGGCAGUUGCUGGUGCUCCUUAUGACACCUUAGAGGAAGUUAUUGGAAAGAGGGACUCUCAUGGAUUAGGUUCCCUGAAAGAUUUUGGAGUGGAGUACAGAGAAGUUCCACUGGCUGAAGAUGGUGGACUUGACUGGGAUGCCCUUAUGAGUGCUUUGAAACCUCAUACAAGAUGUGCUCUCAUUCAGAGGUCAUGUGGUUAUUCAUGGCGUCGAAGUUUAAGUGUAAAUGAGAUAGGGAGGGCUAUAGAGAUGAUCAAGAUGCAGAAUCCUAACUGCUUGGUCAUGGUGGAUAAUUGCUAUGGUGAAUUUGUUGAGAAAAUUGAACCUCCAAUGGUGGGUGCAGAUCUGAUUGCAGGCAGUUUGAUUAAAAAUCCUGGUGGAACAAUUGCACCAUGUGGUGGAUAUGUUGCAGGGAGGAAAAAAUGGGUAGAAGCAGCAGCAGCUCGUCUCUCUGCACCAGGGCUUGGCAUGGAUUGUGGCUCAACCCCUGGUGAUAUCAUGCGAACUUAUUUUCAGGGGCUGUUCCUUUCACCUCAAAUGGUUGGUGAGGCAAUCAAGGGAACCUUUCUGAUCGCUGAAGUCAUGGCAUCUAGAGGGUAUAAGGUGCAGCCUCUACCUCGCAUUGCCCGUCAUGAUACAGUCCAGGCAGUGCAACUUGGAAGCCGUGAACAUCUUCUUGCAUUCUGUGAGGCUGUACAGAGAAGCUCACCAGUGGGUUCAUUCACUAAGCCAGUUGCUGGCUCAACUCCUGGAUAUGCAUCAGAGGUGAUCUUUGCUGAUGGAACCUUCAUUGAUGGGAGUACAAGUGAACUGUCAUGUGAUGGGCCACUCAGGGAGCCAUUUGCUGUGUUUUGCCAGGUGUGUGUCUGGUUGAUGUUGUUUCCUUCCAUGAAUGUUGAUUCAUUGAAGGAGAGGGUGGCAGUCACUGGACUCAAUGGGGACUAGUUCUGGGAGAGGUUUUGAAACACAUCUGAUCUAAACAUGAUUUUGACCAGCAAGAGAGAUACAAUGCGUUGCAAUUCUAAAUUUUUCCGAGACAUCAUUAUUUUUCACUAAGCAUGAAGGAGUUUCAGUUAUAACAUCGAGCUGAUAUCAGUCUUAUGGUUGCUUGAAAUCGUAUUUGCACGAUCUAAAAUUCACUGGCUACUAUGGAAAAUGAUGAGUUUUGGGUUGGUUAUUCAGAGGUAGGGAUUUUCAUUUUCCAUCGAUCAAGUUCUAUGGAAGAAAUGAUUUUGUCACUUCAACUUUUAGAACUUCAAAAUAUUUUGUCAAUAAAAUAAAUAUUAUAGAUUAUAAUUUAUC